AUGGCUAGACCUCGUCGUGGUGGACGUCGUACAGGCAACAAGAGAUGUGGACCUGGGUCUAGACUGCCUACCACAGGCCCCGAUAACUCUACCGUCAACCCGGCAGAGACACGUCCCUGCUCCACCUCCCCCUCUGAGGAUAGACGUCAUCGUGUACGUACAAGGAGUGAACUAACCGGGGCUGAUGAUAAUGAUGAUGACCACGACGCUAGUCAUAGCCAGAAAGCAGCAAUGGACCAUUCGGAAUCCCCAGUACAUGUGACACAUGACUGUACGGUACAGUCAGUACAUCAGCCUCUUGGCAAGCGCCCUAGGCUGAUGGCUACUCAAUCGUCUCACUUGAUCGCUACUCUCCCAUCCUCCUCCUCCUUGAUACUACAGAAUGAUGCUGAUCAUAAUCAUGAAGAUGGUGAUGCCAAGGUGAGGGCUCGGUGUAAGCCUCCCUCUGGCUGGGCAUGUCCGGGUGAUGAGGAACCCCUGUCCUUCUGCAGCGAUGAGGGCUGCUUGAGUGCAGAGCAGCAGGGCGCUAACUACCCCGUGGAAGGCGUCAACAUCACACCUCCAAUCUCACUCCAACUUCCUAUUCCAUACAGCGGACCACUUUGUUCUGUACAAGUGCAGCAGUAUCCGAAUGAGGACGCCAAGUUGGCAGCGAAUCUAGGUAGUGAACAGAGUAUCCGUGGUCUCCCAGCUCCUCAAGUGUUCGAACUAUCAUCAAAAGAGUGCCCAGAGAGGAAGGGAGGUAUAGCAGGGCUGUGGCGAUCCAUCGGCUGGGAGGUUGAGCUUCACUAUGAUAGUGAGAGCGCUAAAGUGUGGGGUAGAUGGGGUCCAGUGCAGGCCUUGACAGCUCGUCUUGAUGGUAAUCGAUUGGUAGAUGGUAUGCUAGAGUUGGGAAGUAUUCGGCUGAGUGAUGCAGUUGUUGAUCUUGAUGCUGGCACCAUAAGCUGGGGGACGGGAGAGAAAUGGACAAGACUUACAUCGAAGUGAGCUAUGAGAGGAGAAUUGAAGCUGUACAGCGUGUAUAUCAUCGUG